UUUCGUCAUGUGGAUGUGAGCGUCGUUCCGCGAUAUGAGAUUGACUCGGACGAUUCGUGUUAAUUCGCGACGAGGUUACAGGGAGGAAAUCGUGCCGGCAAUGAUGGUGUAGUGAUAGAACAUCAAGACAGGUCACCAACUUAGAAUAGUUCGGCGUUCAGCCUUGAGCUGCGGCGACUGACGACUGGAUGCCAUUUUUCACGUCGGGGUCUGCGUGGCGGUGAAAGAAAAAAUGGCAUCCAGAGGAGCUCCACAGAUAAUGGUCUUUCGACCCACUUAUGACGAGUUCAAGGAUUUUGCAAAGUACAUUAAAUAUAUAGAAUCUCAAGGUGCCCACAAAGCUGGAGUUGCAAAGAUCAUUCCACCAAAAGACUGGGUUCCAAGAAAAGGAGGACUAGACAUCAAUGAGAUUGGAAACAUUGUUAUCAAAAACCCAAUAUGUCAGGUGGUGACAGGGAGGCUGGGGUCCUACACUCAGAUCAAUGUUCAGAAGAGUGCCAUGAAUGUGCAGGAAUACCACAGGCUGGCCAACAGCCCCACCUACCAGACGCCGCCACACGACAGCUUCGAGGACCUGGAGCGCCGCUACUGGAAGAACAUCACCUAUGUGUCGCCCAUCUACGCGGCGGACGUGUGCGGCUCGCUCACCGACCCGGACUGUGAUGUUUGGAACAUAAACAAGCUUGGGACUGUGCUAGACUAUGUGGAGGAAGACUAUGGGAUCAGCAUCGCUGGUGUCAACACUGCCUAUCUUUACUUCGGAAUGUGGAAAACUACUUUUGCCUGGCACACAGAGGACAUGGAUCUCUACAGUAUCAACUACCUGCACUAUGGUGCCCCAAAGUCAUGGUACGCGGUGCCACCGGAGCACGGCCGCCGUCUGGAGCGGCUCGCCGUCAACUUCUUCCCCUCCGAGGCGAAACAGUGCCCGUCUUUCCUGCGCCACAAGAUGUUCCUGCUCAGUCCACAGAUACUUAAGAAGUACUCCAUCCCAUUUGGCAGGAUCACGCAGGAGGAGGGUGAGAUCAUGAUCACCUUCCCCUAUGGCUACCACUCGGGCUUCAAUCAUGGCUUCAACAUUGCAGAAUCAACCAACUUCGCCUCAGAGCGCUGGGUCGAGUAUGGCAAACGUGCUACCCUUUGCCAUUGCAAGGAGGACGUGGUGCGCAUCAGCAUGGACACGUUUGUGCGGCGCUUCCAGCCGGAGCGGUACGAGCUGUGGCUGGCCGGCAAGGACAUCGGCCCCCACCCGGAGGAUCCCUCGCGCAACACGCCCGCCAACCUGCCCACGCACGCCGACGUGCUCUGCAACAAAAAUGUGGAGGACCAGGCGAAGGUGACGGCGCUCAUCGACUCGCAGCAGAAGCGGCACAAGCGGCACCCCAUCCACAAGCGCAAGGGCGCGGACGGCGCCGGCGGCGACAGCGAGCAGCAGCUGCUGGCCAUGAAGGCGCUGUACAGCCGCGCCGACCAGUCCGACGAGGAUGACGGCGACGACGCCGACGACGACGAGGAGGAGCCGCCCGACUGGGAGGACGAGGGCCGGCCAAGGCCCCGCCGCGCCGGCGAGCGGCCCUUCCGCAAGCGCACCGCCUGGGAGGCGGAGCUGGCAGCGCCGCUGGACCCGUUGCAUGACCCGGUGGUGGCGCUGGAGCGGCUGCGCACCGGCGACAUGCCGCGCCCCGAGCCAGACGAGGUGUGCCGCGCGCCGCGGCGCCGCCACCUGGUGCUGGGCGCGCGCCGCGUUACCUACGAGCCGACCGGCGACGGUGCGGCACUCCGGCAGCGGUUGGUCGCCAUGAUGAAGGAGCGGCGACGGCGACGCGUGGCCGAGGGCAGUGCCGAGCUGCAGCUGGCGCUGCAGCAGGCGGCCGACCAGCUGUCGGCGCUGCUGGACGUCACCGACGAGCAGCGCCGACAGGCCCGCGAGGCCGAGGCGCAAGAGGCGGCCGAGCGCGAGGCGCGCCGCCUCCAGGCUGAGGAGGAGGCGCGCCGCGCCCGCGACCAGGAGAAGGCGAGCGUGAUGCUGCCCACUGGCGAACCCGGACCGGCGGCCACGCUGGUGGCGUCCGGUACGGAAUUCCGCCCGGGCGAGGACGCCCCGGCCGCCAGCUCGGAGCUCAAGAAAGCCGUCAAGAAGGAGCCGAAAACGUCCGCCUCGCUGGAGGAAUCGCGUCUCAAAGAGGAGGCAGUCAUCCAGGAGAUUCUCAAAUCGAUGCGUCAGGAGGCAGGCAUGGAGCCACCCGAGAAGAAGUUCAAGAUACCGAAGAAGUCACGGAAGCCGUCGUCACCGGGGCGGCCGGCGCCGUCUACGAGCGGGAGCGCCGCUGGCGAGGCGUCCACGCAACUGGCGCAACUGAACGGAUCCCACGGCACGUGGCCCAGCGACGCCUGGCCGCCGCCUCCGCCGGCGGCCGACCCCGCCGACUGUCACGCGCAGCCGUCUUUUUUAGCGGCAGGCACUGGGAGGUGUCAGGAGGGCCUUCCAGUGCGCGCUGCGGUGUCGGCGACCGUUGCACCUCCUCUGGCGCGCCGGCGGCGGCUCUGGACGGUGAGCGCCCCCUCCCUGGGCUGCUGGAAGACAGGCCCUGGCUCCACGGCCGGGGACUGGCAGGGCCUCAGCACACACAUAUCAACGGACAGGGAAACGGCUUCGCCCAGCCCGCCCACAUGGGUGGAGAUGCCCCCGCUCAUCAGCCCGAAGGUCGAGUGGUCAAUUCGCACUGGCCUGGCCGCGGACGGGGAAGAGAUCCGGCGUGGCAGCCUGUCGGAUGCCCAGGCACUCCGUCCUGGCAGCCCCAGGGGCGAGGGGACUGCCCGGCUUGGCAGGGUCCCGGUCGAAGGGACGACCCAGCCUGGCAGGCCAUUGGACGGCGGGAUAAUCCUGGCCGGUUGGAACACGGUCGAGGUGAAAACGGAGCGCGACAGGGACUCGAGCGACGGCAAGACCCAGGAUGGGAUGGCCAAAGAUGGGGAGACGAUCCAGCAAGGCAGGGAUGGGGCUGGAGGAAGGACCCAGCGUGGCAAGGUCCCGGACCAAGGGACGAUCCGGACUGGCGAGAUCAAGGACGACGGGACGAGCCAGCAUGGCAGGGCAACGGGCGAGGGCACCACCCGGCGUGGCCAGGGCGCGGACGAAGGGACGGCCCAGGAUGGCAGGGUCCCGGACGAAGGGACGACCCGGCAUGGCAGGGUCCCGGACAAAGGGACGACCCGGCAUGGCAGGGUCCCGGACGAAGGGACGACCCGGGAUGGCAAGGUCCCGGCGGAAAGGACGAUCCAGGAUGGCAUUGUGAAGGAGGAAGAGAUGAUCCACCAUGGCAAGGUCAAGGAAGAGGAGACGACUCAUCUUGGCAAGGUCAAGGAAGAGGAGAUGACUUAUCUUGGCAAGGUCAAGGAAGGGGAGACGACUCUUCGUGUCAAGGCUCAGGCCAGGGACACGGUCGAAGGGAUGACCUGUCUCGGCAAGAUCGAGGUCAAGGGGAUGACUCACCCUGGCUGGGCGCCAGCCGAGGGGAUCCCCAGGCCUGGCAGGGUCGCGGCAGAGCCAAGGCCGUGCCCUGGCGGGGCGGCCGAGUCGACCCCGGCUGGCACCACCCCCAGCCCGGUGGCGGCGGCGGCGGUGGAGACUGGCGCGGUGGCCCCCACCGGCCCGACCUUCGGCGCCCGGACGAGCUGGGACCGGAGCCCGGACAGUGGCGCGAUGCCGGGUGGGGGGCGCGAGGAGGCCGACCGCCGCACGCCGCUGCCGGCCGAGUUGGCGGCCCGGUUCGCGGCUGGUCGCACGCCGGCCGGCCUGAGGGCGCGCCUGCUGCAGCAGCUGCUAUCCCAGUUGCAGCGGCCGGCCAGCACGACAUGUGGCAACACCUCGCGGCGGCCACGGGAUUCUGGCAGCAGCAGCAGCAGUAGGGCUGAGACCGAGGUGUCGUCGGCGGACUCUCCGGCGGCGCCGCCAGACCCGCCGUCCGUCGGCACCGAGGCGAUGUCCCGCGGCACCGAGUCGCAGCUCGACGCGGCGCCUGCGGCGGCUCCGCUCGCUGUAGUGAAGACGGAGGAGGGCGGACCCGAGCCGGAAGACCAGCCGUCCGUCUCCGGCCUGGAGCUGAUCCACCAGGCCAUGAUGCAGCUGGAGGGGAGCGCGCCCCGGCGCCGGAGCGGCGGCGCCGUCAGACAGUCGUGGAGGAGCUGCCCGGAGGCCAGGGAGGAGCGCCGUCUGGUCUGCCGCUUGUGUCUGGUGUGCGUGCACCCGCGCUGUUGCGGUUUGCCGGACGCGGCGCAGGACGACUGGACGUGCCCGCCGUGCAGCCGAGCCGACCCGAACUUCGACUGCUGCGCGAAUGGACCCCCGCCGCUGAACGCGCGCGUCCAGGUGAUCUGGACGGACGAUCAGCUGUGGUCGGGCGUGUUCUGCGGUCAGAAGACCAGCGUGCGCUGCCAGGUGCGUUUUGACGACGGCACUGUCAAGAACCUGCCGCGCAGUCGGGUCUAUGGCUUGGAUGAGGACAUACCAAAGUCGGUAAUAAGCAAGCUGGCGGACAUCGCCGAGCCGCGGCGCCCGGCGGCGCUCGGCAAGCGCACGCCCAAGACGAACCGGCGCUACCGCGACCCGACGCUGUUCGCCUGA